AGCAUAAGAUAGAAAAAAUAAUGGAAGAGGAUGAGUUGGAGAAUGAGAAGGUGAUGUUCAUUGAUGGAAUAGAUAAAGAAGGACAUCCAGUUUGUUAUAAUAACAUUGGUUUAUGGAAAUGGAGAAGGAGAAGAGAGGAUGUUAAUGAGGAGAAGAGUGAGAUCAAUGGAGGAAGGGAUAAGGUUGUUGAGGUUUAAGGAAGGAGGAGUUAUGGAGAUGUUGCAGGUCACUGACUUGAAGAACAGUUUGAAGAGAAGGACUAUUAAUGGUGAUGGUGAUGAUGGUUCAGUGAAGGAGAUGAGAACAAGGUCUAUGAAGGCUGUCUCUGUUCUUCAAGAUAACUACCCUGAGUUAGUGCACAAGAAUAUAUUUGUUAAUGUAUCAUUUGGAUACUAUGUAUAUAAUGCGCUGGUGGCACCAUUCAUUAGCCAGAGAUCAAAGAGUAAAUUCAUUUUUGCUAGGCCUCAGAAAGUCACUGAAACUCUCCUCAAGUUUAUUAGUCCGGAGAGAUUACCAAUCCAAUAUGGUGGCUUGAAAAGAGACAAUGACAAUGAAUUCAAAGCAGAGGAUGAAGUUUCAGAGAUGUACAUUAGAGGUGGUGAAAAGGAAACAAUAGAAAUUUUGAUUCAUGAGGCAGGGGUGACAGUUGUGUGGGACAUAACAACGGUAGGAUGGGAAGUGACCUACAAAGAGGAGUUCAUUCCAGAUGAUGAAGGUUCAUACAGAGUUUUGAUAAGAAAAGAGAUGAGAAUGGUACAGAGUAUGAGGAAUUCAUUCCACAUCAGUGAGCCUGGCAAGGUUGUCCUAACCAUCAAGAAUAGAACAUUCAAGAGAAAGAAGAUACUUUAUAGAACUAAAACCAAACCCACCAUCUAUUUGUACAAUUUACUAUCUAAGAAACAUCAUCAUCAUGUAUAGCAACAAAACAUAUCACAAAGUAAAUACAUCUAUUUCUGUGUUUCUCUCUGUGAAUCUGAGAAAUAAAUCUAAAGGUUUUGUUUCGAUGCUACGUAGGAAAUAGAACAAUUGAGUCUGUAACUAAACAAAGGGUUCAUGUUUAGAUUCCAAUUGGUACAAAUACUUUCUCUGAAUUUUGGCUAAAUUACAAGAAACACAGUAAGCAAGUAUCACACAAGACUAACAGGAUCAAACAAUCAUCAAAGCAGGAGUCAUUAAACUAUUGCUAGAA